AAAUACUCUGAGAUCUGAGCCAGACAUGCGGCGCAAGUAGACAGAUACCUGAACAAAAUAUCAUCAACUGUGGACAGCCUGUAGCAGUGGCCCUCAGACAGACUUUUCCAUUGUAUCAGUUUUACUGUCCACAAAUCACCAUGGAUCAGCAAUGUGUCAGUUCCCUUACUUGGGAAGGAUGGGCUGCCACCUGUGAUCACUGUAACACUCAGACUGAAUCAGCAAGAUGGGUCAGACCAGUUCUCAGGAGAUUGAACCUUCUGUUUCACCAGUAAAGAAGGCACCAGCCCCACCUCGCCCUCAAGAACCACCAAAACUUCAACUAGCUCCACGUCUGCCAAGCUACGCAGUUCCAGAAAACAAGGUCUUACCAACUGAGUUGCCUUCCAGACCAUUAAGGGCUGUUUCGUCCCCUUUCUCAAAGUCUAAUGCAGAUUCUGACGAACUUAGUGUGGACAAGGAAAACAAACCAUUAGAAAAUGGAUCUGUGAAUCUGGACCAUAAUUUCUUCCCAGAAGAUCAGACAGCGUGUGAGAUUAGUGAUCAGGAUUCUGAUGUGAAUAGUGUUAAGGGAAGAGAAAAGUAUAAAGCACCAAGUCCCCCAACUGAGAAAGUUCUGCCAGUGAAUUCACAAGGACACGUAGACAACAUAUUUCUGGAUCCGUUUUAUAACAGAGCGGCUUUAGCACACAGGAGGACAAAUUCUUUGGACAGAUUGCCUGCCUCACGUGUGAACGGUCACCCCAGGCGACCUAUCUCUGCUGUAAACCUCACCUCCAGUGAGCACACCAUUUUUGAGGACCCGGAGGAAGCUAAUCAAAACAAUAAGUACACCUCACUGCCUCAAAAAAGUACAUUUCCCAUGGACUAUUCUUAUGCAGUGACUUAUGCGCAACUAGCUGGACAUCGGCGAAAAAAAGUGCAGACAAAACUAGAAAGUGAAAAGGAGAUUCUUCUGAAGCAGCAGAGUUUACCUGAACUCAAAGGAAAGAAAGACAUGGAACCUAGUGUGGACAUGUACGUUACCCAUGAGGGUGAAAUUGACCUGGACAGUUUGACUCCAAAGAAAAAGAAAUACAAGGCUCCAGCUCCACCUUCCACCCCUAAGGUAUCAAAGCAUGCAGUUAUUCUUCAUACACAUAACUCAGGGAGGCCUAUUAAAACGGCACAUGCGCCAGUGUCAUCACAUAAGAAAGUGCUGGCUCCUGCAGAGCCCCCUGUGGAGCCCCCUGUGGACUAUGACACUGAUGAGAUUGUUACCCAUUCUGUAACCCUGCAGAAUCAGUCUGUGCAGCCCUCAUAUUCUAAUGGAAUAGAUGCUGCUUUGAAAUCUCCACCAAAAAUGUCUGAAGUUGAGAGAGUCUCGAAUGGAAAGGAGAGAAUUUCAAAUGGAAUAGGGAGAGCUGUUGAUUCCCCCAUCUCUGUAGAUAUUAAGAUUGUAGGGUUGCCAAUGGUGCCAUCUGAAAAAGUGUCAGAAAAGAAGGUGACUCAGAACCCAGUUCCUUUAGGCGCUCUUCGCAGGCAGAUGUCCGGGGCAGAUCCUGUGUCCCCAACCUCGCCCAAAUCCCCACCGCCUCCUGUGAAACCCAAACCAUUGAGGAGUCCAGAUGAAGGCAGAUUUACAUUUCCAAGUGUUCCAGGGAAGCUGGACACAGACGUUGUUACUGUCAAUGGGCAGAUUAUCCCAGAAGUACCUAUGCAAGAUCCUGUACAGAAUGAAGUUGUGUCAUUGAGCAUUGACUGUAAAUCUAAGAUUGUUAAAUCUGCAGUUGCCAGCCCACCAGUGACCAUUUCACCAGUGGCCUCUUCGCUGGUUGUUAGCCCAGUGGUGACUACCGCCCCCGUCAUUAGCUCACCAAAGGCCACCCCACCAGUUAUCAGUCCACCAGUUGCCCCUGUUGUUCCAGGUAGUAUUGUGAUUCACCCAGUCAUCAAUCUUUCAGACAGAAAUGGAAUUGGAGUACCAAAAACAUCACCUGAAGUUCAUCCCAUACAGAGAGAAAAUAGAAGCACUAUUCAUCUGAGUAGUGAAGGCAAAACAAACUUGAUCAGAAAGCAAAAUAGUGUUGAUGUGGAAGUGACCAAUCCACAACAUGCCUGUUUGAACGCAGUUAUCAGUGGACAUGAAAGAGAGGUAAAUCCUGUCAUAAAUAAUUCCAAAUCUGAAAUACAAGUUAAUUCAAGAGAAAGUGUCCAGGAUAAUGUUGGUAAUCAUCUUCAUGAAGAAAGAACAAAAGAUUCUUCCUUCGUAACUGCAGAUAUAAAGCCAAUACCUCUGGGCCUUACUGCAGAUAUCAUCCUGGAAAAAUCUACAGUGUGUGAGAAUAAUCCAGCGACACUCCCUCAAUCACAGUCUGGUAGUGAGAGUGGAGUCGCAAUGCUACUGAGUGACCAGAGCUUUGAGAGUUUGACAACAGGAGACAGAAGCAUGGAUGUGGUUGUAGCAGAGGGUGAAGAGGAGCCCUUGAGUAGUGAAGGACAAGUGAGUCAGGGCACCAUGACGAUUGUUCCUUCUGACAUGGUGGACAGGGUGGUAAGCCUCAGCCGCUCUGUAUCAACAUCAUCCUCAGACUCUGCCAAACCUAUGUCCCCACCACUCACUCCUGAUGACAGCCAACAUCCAAAGAUGAACAGUCUGCUGCAAAAUGACAUUGUUGCUGCGGCACAAGUCAGGGUUCUGAAACUGAAGAAACCUGCAACUGCACCACCACCUCCUAAGGAUCCAGAGGAAGUCUUCAAAGAAGAGCUUGCCAAAAUUCACAAGGAAAGAGAAGUGCGAAUCACGCGCAACCUUUCAAGAGACAAGGACACAGCCUCAUCUGGGACAGAGAGCGAUCAGCACCAGGGAGAGGCCUCCACUCGUGAUGUCAUGCCAGACAAAGAUAAUGACUCCGGCAUCCAAGCCUGCUCCUUUUCUGAGGAUUGGACCCCAGAGCAUGACCUGGAGGAUUCUGAUGAUGAAAACAGAUCUGUCCUCACCAGCAGGUCCGGAAUGUUCUAUGAUGGCAGGGAGGCAAAAACAAACAAACCAAAGGUGAAGCCAUCAAACUCAAUGUCCUCAAAUGCCCGUGUAAAGGUUCUGAGAAAAUCUGACUCAGAUGCCACUGACAAGUUUGGGAGUUUGAGAAGAUUCAGAGACAACGUUCAUAAAAGUGUGAAACAUGCACUGAGCUCAGUAAACAGGCCUUCCAGCAAACCAUCGAAGUUAGACAAAAGAUCUUCUUUACCUGUGCCUGCUCCUACUACAGCAGAGCUUAAACAACCGGUGUUUAGAAAACUAGAUCCAGAUGCAGAGCAGCAACCCUCAGAGAGCAAGAUCUCGGAGAAUGGUCAGCAUGGCACACACACAGACUCAGAACAGAAGCCAUCAAAGGAAGAAUCUUCCAAAGAUUCAGACCAGCAAGUGACGAAGAAGGCUGGUGUGGCAUAUGUUAGUGGGAAUGGUCAAAUUGUUUUAUUACCGGAGUUUGAAACUGUGACAUCUCCAAGCAAACCUGAGACAGAAGAUGGUCACCGUGCUCCUAAACGUUGGAAGAAGAUGAAGAAAUUUGCCUACAUGGCGACCACUAGAAAGAAGGAAAAGCAAAAAAUGGAACAGCUGUUGAGAGAGCGUGUUGAAGAGCAGGAGAGGAGGAUGGAAGCAGAACGUCAAAAACAGAUGGAAAUGGAGAAGGAAUUUAUGAAGGUUCGGCAAGUGGACAAACCAAUCCUUAAGGCCCAUCUUGAUGAUGACAGUGACUAUCCAAUCAGAAAUGAGAACGUAUCAAAGACAACAUCGCCCAGAGAAGUUCCACCAAAGAAGUCUGAGCCUCUUCAGAAUCCACAAGGCCAAGUUACUGUUAAUGGCACUGCACAAGGGAAGAUCACUCAAAAUGAUGCCCAGCCAUACGCUGUGACCUCAUUUUCGAUGCCGGGCCUUGUUCAGGCGCCUGGUGUAAUGGCAAAUGGCCAGCCUGUUGUUAGCCCUAUCAUUCUAACAGGCAAUGGACAUGCCUACAACCCAUGGCUACCCACACAACCUGUUCAGAACCCAGCCUAUCCAGCAUCUAUGGGUUGGGGUAUCUCCAACUAUCCACAAUAUCCUGCAACUUCACUACCUUAUGAUCUUACCAACUAUAUGCAAAUGUUGGACAUUAGUGGCCAAUCAGUGCCCGUGAACAAUGGACUAAUGAAUGGGUUCAGCAUACCAACUCAGUCACAGGUGAACAGUGGAAUCCAAUACAAUGGAACCACCAACUACACAGUGAUGAAUCCAGUCCACUUUCAGCAACCAAAUUCUGUGGAAGCCAACAACUACAACAACAAAAGGUCAUUAAAACAGACGAUCUAUGUGAACCCCAAUACAGUAGAUGACUCGGUGCUAAAUCAGAUGUAUGCUGAGUACCAGAAUGGCAACUCGCAGCAGAGCCGAAAGGAAAGGAAGAAGACGUCCAACCCUCUGUAUUACUCGAGUGAUGAAGAGGAGGAAUACGAUGUGAGCGAUGUCCAUACGGGGCACACUCAUAGUAAGGGAACCGUGGCGCGUAUAUCUGUCCCCGACCACCACAUACAUCCCCCCCACUAUGAUGGAGGGGAUGCAGAGAUGUCCAGCCCCUGUAGCAUAGCCUCCAGUUCUGCAGACAGUGGUUCUCCCUACCCAGUCAAAUUUAAUGGCGCAGCAACACAGUCUGCCCGGUUUCGAAGUGGGAGUACCUCUGACACAGUGAAUUUGGAUGAGAGCUACAGCAGUGCAGACAGAUAACAGCGUGACUAAAUGUCAUCUACAGGAGAGACAGACACUUCGACAAAGAUGACCUACCUAUCAUCAUUGACUGCAACUCUGUCCCAGCAUCACCCAGAUGGUGAUACUGGACAGUACCGAUAGCUAAUCCAGCAAAAUGUUAGCAGCCAGCCAUGACGACUGUACAAACUGAAAAAAAAAGUCAGCAUUACAAGGUCUGAUCUGCAGAGCUGGUGAAGUGCUUGUGACAACGUAGGCUGAAAUUAUUUUAUUUCCCAUAUGGGCACAAGUGAGUGAUGCAGUGUUCAUUUUAUGCCAACAGACAGGUUUCACACAGCAGUUUGCGAGUAUGAUUGUGUUGUUCUGAAACUUAACAGUUCUGUUAUGAUGCGGUAGUAGUAUCGAGUCCGGAGUUCAUGUCGUGUAUUAGAGCAAGGAUCCACAGGCAACACAACAUUUCAUAUGAAAGAAUCAAAUCUGUGUAUUUCAGGGUUCUGAUGACUUGUGGAAAUAACUUUUGACUGAGGCAGUCUUUCGAGGAAUACAGAUUCAAUAAGCUGGAACUCCUAUAUACAUACAUAUAUAUAUAUAUAUAAACAAAAACUGUCUUCCAUAUAAAAGUGCUAUAUGAUAUUAUUUCAGGAUUUAGUUUUAUGUAUAAACAGUAAUAAUGUUGAUGGCACAAAGGGUAUUUAAUACUGGUUAAAAGUGAACAAAUGCGGAUGAUGUGGUGCAGGCAGCAAAGGGGAGAUAACUCUUGAUGUAAAUGUGGCUUGCAUUCCAAGCCAUAAUAUAAUGAUUCAGAAUCGAUGGUUGUAUUUCACUACUGUUCAUAUCUACACAAGCUGAGCUUUACAUCAACAUAUCGUUUUCAGUUACUCUUGCAUGUACUCAUUUUGAAGAGAUUAGUUAUCCAUGUAUCUCAUUGUGAUAAUAUUUAUAUUCUUGUAUGGUAUUAUCUUAAGUUAUAGGUUGUGUACUUAUUUGUACUGAUCAGGCAUCUGCUCUGUAUGUACAUUGUAUUAUGUACAAUGUACACUUAUGAUCCAUAUUUCCUUCUCUUUUUGUUUAUAUACAACACGCAAGGGUCAGGGACGUUAAAGUUAGAAGUACAUGUACCAGAAAUGAUGGUUUUGGCAAAGCAACUGGCAUUCAUGACUGUUAAGCUCAGCUGUUUAAGUUUAGAUGCAUAUUAAAUGUACAUCUGAACAUAUUCAGGCUCCAAACAAAACCUAUUAUCUCAACAUGGCCUAUAUGCCAAUUUCAAGACACACUUAUAUUUAGUCACUCAUGAACCUCAAGGUGAUAUUUUGAUGAAUCUUUAUGCAUUUAUUGUUAUUCAAUGUAGUGUUUCACUGGAAAACUCAAACCAUUUGAACAAACCUUGAAAUUAGUCGGUUACAACAGUUAUAGUCAGAAGGGAUGAUUUAAACGUUUGCAUUCAUUUAACAGGGAAAGAUCUGUUCUCAGUUAACAUUAAUCUCUCGAUAAACCAAGUUGCAUGUUAAAAGAUGUAACUAAACAUGUUUAAGGAUAAAGUAAAAUUAUCAUAUUGUCAUUUGUUACAUGUAUUUAAAAUUAAAUUUAAACAUAACACAGAUGUUGUGAAUAAUUUCAAACUGCUGAUUAUUUUUCUCUGAUAUUCAUUCCCCAGUCACAUCAAUCACCGUUCCAUGCUGAGAUUGGAUCUUGCUGUCUUCCCCAUCUAUCAGUCAGUAUAGGAAUUGUUUAAUACAGUGUACUUCUUCCACCCAGUAAAUGUACUUCCGAAUUAAGAAGUUAUGUAGGAUUCAUUUCACAUGAAAU